UUCCGCGCUCUUGGGAUUACUAACUCUACUGCUAGUGCAGCCAUUGGUCCUGUUUGCUUGGCAGGAUUACAAGGACUACAAGGUGUUCGAGCUGAAGCCCCAAGGACUUCAAGAGCACAAUCUUAUAAGAACUUUUUUUAAAGAAAACCCACUUUGGGAUUUUCUCGGGACGCAUCGAAAUGCUAAUGAGAGUUCACUUAAGGUGAUGAUACCGCCUAAAGAAGUUGAAAAUUUGCUUAAAACUUUCCGGAGUCAUAACUUGGACCAUCGGGUGCUGAUCGAGGAUUUGGCUCCAUUUGUGCAGGCCCAACGAGCAGAGAAUCUACAGAAAAAACAAUUCAUUCAACUGCCCCACAUUGAUGUCCUGGGAGCAUUUUAUACCCACUCGGAAAUUAAUGAGUACCUGAAUAGUUUACCAGAAAGAUUUCCCAAACGAGUUCAGUUGAAGCAAUUUGGAUGGAGUUACGAGCGCAGACCGCUAAAAGUUUUAACCAUUACCAAUGGAGACGGGAAGCGGGAUAAACCGGUGAUCGUAAUCGAUGGCACUGUUCAUGCCAGGGAAUGGAUAUCGCCCUCGAUGGCCCUCUAUAUAAUCCAGCAGUUAUUGGAUAACUAUUCGGAAAACCAGGAACUUUUAGAGGAUUACAACUGGGUGAUAAUGCCAGUGGUUAAUGCCGAUGGAUAUGAAUAUUCUCAUACCGAAUCGCGUUAUUGGCGAAAAACUCGUCGACCCACAAGUAAUCCGGAAUGCGUUGGCACGGAUAUCAAUCGAAAUUUCGGAUACGAGUGGGGUCAUGAUGAGGGAUCCUCUUCAGAUCCUUGCGAGGAUAAUUAUCGAGGAGAGCGGACCUUUGAUCAACCCGAGUCGCAGGUCCUGCGAGAUGUUCUCCUCAAUUAUAAGGGACGCCUUAACUUUUAUCUCUCACUGCACUCCUACGGAAACAAAUUCCUCCUGCCCUGGGGAUAUACAAGUGUGUUUCCGGAUCGCUACCAGGACAUGAUGUCUGUGGCGGAUGCCGGUGCCAAGGCGAUCGUCCACUCCACGAAUGGAAUAUAUAGCUGGGGGAGCACCUACUACGUCCUAUAUCCGACAUCGGGCGACACGGCGGACUUCGCUUUGGGAGUGGUCAAUGCCACGGUGGCCAUGACCAUGGAGCUGCCGGCGGCAGGAUUCAUGGGAUUCGAUCCCUGGGUUUCCCACAUCGAGCGAUUGGUCACGGAAAGUUGGGUGGGAGUGCGAGCCAUGGCCGCGGAGGUGAUAAGAACCUAUGCGGCGUAAUCGGAUUGUAAAUAA